AUGAGAAGGGCCACGAGGACUACCCCUCAGUCACCUAGAGUUUUUGAAGCUGCGUCUCCGAGAGUCUCUGAAGCAGACAGGAUCAAGAGUUUGUAUAACCAAGUUUCCAAUAACAGGUCUGUGGACAAGGGUAAAGGAAGCUUGGUUCAGAGAUCUUUGAUGCCUGUAAACGAUGUCGAUAAAGAAAGCACUUCUAGGAGUGUACCCCAGCCUCCUAACCCCAUUCAUGAGCCAUCUCAAGCUGGAACCAGAUUGGGAUCACACAGAGUGAGAGAUCAAAUACUGGAGGUAGAGUUAGAUGAAAACGUUGCAUCUACUUCUGCUCUAGCGUUUGUUGUAGAUGAUGUGAAAGAAGUAGACAAACAUGUUACCUCACCACCUUCUGAUUUUAGCAAGAGAGACAAUGCAACGGAGCUUGAGAAGAAAAUUCUCUCAUCCACUCUGGAUUUGGAGCAGAAAGAGACGUUGAAUAACAACACAGCUACCUCAGGAACAGAGAAGAGCAAAAAGGUAGCAAGAUCGAUUCCACGUCCCAGACAGAAGCCUAAAAAGAAGAUUCUGCUAAAGAAGAAGCUAAAGAUUGGCAUCGUUUCUGUAGCUAAAAAAGAUGAAGAAACUGAUGUUUCAUUAGAUUCUAGUGCAACUAAACUCCUCUGCCAAAGAUGUCACUGUUCCUUGAAGAGCACCAGCAUAGAUAACCAUGAGAUUUGCACAGACAGUUUGAGCUCCAUUUUGAAUAAUGUUGGUAAAGAAGCUCAUCAAGUAGCCAGUGAGAACUCCUCUAGUUCUUGUAAUGUUAGCCAACACUCUGAAGCUGAGAUUGUCGUCAUGAAACAAAAUGUUUCCUCGAGCAAUGACAGUGGUAACAAAUUCGGCUUCUCCUUGAGCUCAAAAGACAUUCUUGGGGAUGAUUACAGCAGGAGCACAAGCAUGAGCGAGGAGAGCAAUCUUACCAGGUUUAGCUGCGGUAACAAGCCUCACAUGUCCAUGGACGUGAGGAAGCGGUUAAACACGCCAAGUUGCAAUACGGCUCUUUGGGAUAUAGGAACAGUCUAUCUCGCUGAGCUGAUUGGUACCAACUGUUUGUUUGCCAUAAAGGUCAUGGACAACGAGUUCUUGGCGAGAAGGAAGAAGAGUCCAAGGGCACAAGCGGAACGGGACAUACUUAAAAUGUUGGACCAUCCUUUUCUUCCUACGUUGUACGCUCAGUUUACUUCGGAUCAUUUGUCUUGUCUGGUCAUGGAGUAUUGUCCUGGAAGAGAUCUUCAUGUCCUCAGACAGAAGCAGCUAGGCCGGUGUUUCCCUGAACCUGCAGCAAGGUAA